AUGAGCGAACAAGAUCAAUUAAGUUUCUUGAUUGAUACUCAACCAGCUUCCCGUGUUUGCGUCUUUGUUAAUUCUAUUAGCAAUCCUGUGGCUCAAAAAGUGAUUGACGAUUCGUCGUUAAUCACACUUCCAUUUCCGCCUACUAUUAAUCCUCAUGACCUUGUCGUUCCACGCCCAGAUGGUCAUGUUUCUCGGCCUCCUACAACCUUUAUUAUUUAUCGUAGAUUAUUUUUUGAAACCGCACGAGCUGCCGGCUAUAAUUUCCCAAUGAAUGUUAUUUCUUCAAUGGCGUCUAAAUCAUGGGAAAAAGAAUCAGAUAGCGUUAAAAAAGAGUAUAGAAGAAUUUCGAGAGAAGCCUUUAAUUACUAUAAUGAAAUAUUUCCUAAAAGCAAGCCUCAAAAAAAAAGAGACCUAUGGAGAACUGUUUCAUUUGAUAAAUCUACUCGUAAAGCUAAAAUAACCAAAUCUAUAAAGUCAGUUAAUAAUGAUAGGUCUGUAAAAUCAUCAGAGCUUGAAUUUACUCUUAACCAUGAUUUGCCGUUGUCGUCACCUGAUAUUUCCCAAAUGCCUAGUAAUCUAAAUGUUAAUUCUCCAGAAUUAAAUCUUGACUUAAAUGUCAAUAGAACUGAUUUAUUUGAUCAAAAUGUCUAUCGAAGUCCUGAUAUAUCCAAUAAAGAAUUUAAUUCGGAAUUUCUUUCUACCGCUACACAAUAUUUUGAUUUAUCGAUUCAAGCGAAUCAACAAAUCAUUUUGCAAGCUACGGAGAAUAAUGUCAAUGAUAACUUGUUUGUUGACGAAGGUCAAUAUGAAUUUGGUGCUUCAGGCUUCUCUAAUGAAAUUCUAGAGACAGGUCAAUUCGGAAUCUUUGAUACUCAAAAUUUUAGCACUUUAGAUAAUUUUGUCUGUUCUAAUAAUUCAAAUGAGAUGAAUGAGAUGUGUUCUGAACAAUCAUUCUCUCCUAACCUAUUAAAUUAA